AUGCCCUCCGAGGCCUGUAUUGAGAAAGUGGCGAUUGUCGGCGCAGCCGGAAACAUCGGGUCACACUUUACCCGUGAGUUGCUGAAGACCGGGAAGCAUACAGUCACUGCAAUCACCCGGGUGGGGAGCACCAGCCCGAUCCCUGAAGGAGCCCAGAGGGUGGAAGUGAACUAUAACAACUCCGAGACGCUCGUCGAUGCGCUGCGGGGACAGCAAUUUUUGAUUGUUACGCUGUCCAUAUAUAGCCCGCCGCAUCUGCAUGGGCUGAUUGUCCGGGCUGCUUCGGCCGCGGGAGUGCCUUACAUUAUGCCGAAUGUCUACUCCAACGAUCUGCUGGACGAGGCUUUGCGGAACGAAGAUCUGUACGGAGCGGCCGCUCUCGAUCGCUGUCACGACAUUGAACAGCAGGGAAACACGGCCUACAUCGCCAUGGUAUGUGGCUUCUGGUAUGAGUGGAGUCUGGCGAUGGGGGAACAGUGGUUCGGCUUUGACCUGACGAAGAAAUCGGUGACCUUUUUUGACGACGGCACUACGCCGAUUACCUCCUCGAGCCCAGCUCAAUGCGGUCGAGCCGUAGCGGCGCUCUUGAGUCUGCCCGAGGCCAAGGUGGCACAAUGGAAGAACCAGCUCUUCUACGUCGCUAGUUUUACGGUCAGCCAACGCGACAUGCUCGACAGCGUUCACCGCGUCAUGGGGACCACCGACGCCGACUGGACAAUCCGAUAUGAACCUUGUCGCCAACGAUAUAAUGACGGACUUGCAGAAAUGCAAAACGGCAUCCGGACCGGAUACGCCAAGGCCAUGUAUACGCGAGCCUUUUUUAAGAAUGGUGGCGGUGACUUUGAGUCCCGGAGAGAACUCGCCAAUGACACCAUUGGUCUGCCCAAGGAGGAGCUAGACGAGGCGACGAGGAGAGCAGUCGAAUUCGGGCCUGUCCAGUACUAA